GGUUGUCGUUCAAAGCAAUGCGUUACAACAUAGAGCUUAAUACUUCUGAUUGUAACCAACAGCUAAUAACGUUUAUUAACUUGGUUAUGUCAUGAAGUCAAUCAACUAUGAAUUGACAGGUCCUUUAUAAUCCUACGGCUUCAACAAUUUUUCCUUUGCAUUUAGCAAAACGUUCUGCUUGAAUACAUGAAGUCACAUUAUUUGCUGCUAUCAGCUGCAAUUUUUGUGGAAUUUUCGCUCUCAAAUGCUUCCUCACCAUCAAUCGACAUGAAUGCAAACCAUAAACGCUUUACAGUUGAUAGAUUUUGGAAAAGACUUGCUGAUAGGAGUCAGGCUCCAAAAGGCGAUGAUACAAAGCAUAUGACCAACAUCUUGAACAAGAUAUCCAGUGAAUCAGCUCCUGAUUCUUUUAAAAAGAUUGAACACCCAUACACCAGCCCUUAUGCAAAUGAAUCUUUCGAUGGCAUAAUACCGACCAACUCGUGGAUAAGUAAUCUAUUCUAUCCCAGCGUAAAUAAUAUUGCACCGACUACAUCAGAUCCAUACAUUUUGCGUAUGCUAGAUGAUUAUGGAGGAAAUCCGGGGCUAAGCAUACGGCAGCCUUCCAAGAAAAUUUAUGGGCAGUACGAAGCCCAAAACAAUGUUCCAAAAACUGACGAAGGAUUUUUCAUCAAUCCACAAAACGUCGACCUAAGAUUUACAGCCUCUGAGUGGGAUAAUAGUUCCUCCGUAGAACCAAGUCUAAUCAGCUGGGAUUUAUUUUCCGCAACCCUGAGGCUGCAAACUUCAGGGAAUGAUCAGCAAUACAUUGACUUCCCCAUCGUGAGAGGAAUGGCGUACGUCACUGCUAAUUAUGUCGAUUUGACACCACAAUUCUUCAGCCAAAAUGCUAUUAUUGAAAUAACAGCCGACAAAAAAGCCAACAACACAUAUCAAGGGCGCAAAUUCAAGCUCAAAUUUAAUGAUAAUCCAACAUCGUACUUUCUCAUUUACGCUCUAGGAGAUGAAGACCUUGUGCUAAAAAAAACUGACGAUCGCAAUUUGGUGGCCCACAAGACAUACAACGGAAUAAUCAGAAUAGCAAAAGUUCUAGACGACGAAGCAUUUGAAGAUCUUUUAGAUGACAGAGUGGAGGUCUGGCCAAUUGGAGCAAAACUAAGCGCCGAGUCGAACGGACAGCACUCUUCGUAUUCCAUAGAAUGGAAACUAGAAAACGAUGAUGGAAAAGGGGUUCUUCAGUAUGCAUAUCCUCAUCAUAUAGACACUAUGGAGCGUAAAGGUGUCAAGAUCACCAAAUUUCAGCUUGCUUCAUCUGCCAAAGGGCUCAUGACAGGUGUCAUUGGCAACAAGUGGUCUUUGACUGAAUCAGAGCUUAGUGAGGUAACUUGGCUACCAGAAAAUGCAGAACCGGAAAAGAGUACAAUCGAUGAUAUUAUAGACAUCGUAAAAAAAGAGAUCGGCGUUGACUAUGACAGUGAAACUCUUUUGGCAGACAAUUAUUUCUCGGGCAAAGCAUUGCAAAAAUUUGCACUCAUUUCUCUGAUGCUCAAUUCUCCCGAAACCAAAUUAAACAAGCCUGAGUUGGCCAAGAAAUCUCUUCAGAAACUCCAGUCAGCAUUUCUUCCUUACCUAAAUAACAAGCAGCGAGAUCCAUUUUUAUACGACACGUUGUACCGCGGUAUCGUGGCUCGGAGUGGACUGCCGGUAAAAGAAGGUGGUACUGGUGAUCCAAAUGCCGCCUUCGGCCACUCCUAUUAUAACGAUCAUCAUUACCAUCAAGGAUACUUCGUGGUAGCAGCUGCCAUUAUUCGCCACCUUGAUCCUGGCUGGAAUUCAAAAGAACUUACAAGAUGGACAGAAACUCUCAUUAGGGACGCUAAUAAUCCGUCAACCGACGAUAAAAAAUACCCUCUUUUCAGAACGUGGGAUUGGUUUGCGGGGCACAGUUGGGCAGGAGGUAUAAAGAUUAACGGCGCACUGGACGGUAGAGAUCAGGAAUCGGUUCCAGAGUCUAUCAACUUUCUCUGGGGAGUCAAACUAUGGGGUCUAGCCAACAAAAACGAAAACUUAGUAAAUUUAGCCAAUUUGCAACUGGCCCUGUCAAAGCGCACAGCAUACGACUACUUUUGGCUCAAAGAUGAUAACAAGAUUAUGCCCAGCGGUAUUGUCAAGAACAAGGUCGUAGGCAUAUAUUUCGAACAAAAAGCUGAUUAUACAACCUAUUUCGGACGUUACCUGGAGUACAUCCACGGCAUUCAGCAACUUCCUAUGACUCCAGAGCUGGGAGAAUACAUCAAAGAUCCCGAAUUUGUAAAGCAAGAAUGGGACCAAAAGCUUGAUCGAGUGCUGGAUAAGGUACAAGGAGGCUGGAAGGGAGUUCUAUUAGCAAAUUAUGCUAUAAUCAAUCCCACAGCAGCUUAUCCUCAACUACGGACAGCUACUAUGGAUGGAGGCCAGUCCAGGGCUUUCUCUAUGUACUUUGCUGCUACUAGGACAAACUUCAAAAAAAUAGGCACGAGUAGAUACGCGGGCAAUACUAGUCCCAAGGCAUCUAAAGAAGACAACUAAAUGCAAGGUACAUAAAUAUUGAAGACUAUACCACAACGACUCGGAAAACUUGAGAAGGCAACUUAAUAAAUCCAAAAUGGUUGAGAAUAUGUACAAAAGGGAUUAAGUCAUGACUACAUUUGUUUGUGGCAUUUCGAUGACAUUGAGCAGCAAUGACGCUACUGCAUACAUAUUAUCGCGAUAGCUCUUUAAUAAAAGUAUAGAGAAUUGAAAAAAGUUAA